AGGCCAGAGAUGAAGAUUUUGCCACUUGUUGCGCUUCUGGCGCUAUGCGCAGUCGCAGCCGAUGCUGCUCGCACGCAGCUGCUGCGCAUUCACGAGGUUACUCAGCAGGAGUAUAACGACUUGCUACGCCUAACCAGAGGCGGCUCGCAGGUCUCAGAGUCACGUCUGCUGCGCAGUCCGCUCAGCGGCUUGGCCAACAUCGCCCAUUCGCUUUCCUUCGAAAGCAACAAGCCCAGUUCCGCCGCCAAGCGCUAUCCUCUGUGCGUUGUCUCGUCGCAGGACAGGCAGGUGAAGUAUGGACGCCACAUCACCUGGAAAGUAGGCGGCUCGAACAAUGACGACAAGUUCGAGUAUGAGGGCGGUGCUCAUGAUGAUGAUGAUGAUGUUGACGACACCGACAAGGACAAGGAUAAGGACGAUGAGGCGGAGCGUCCUGUUGUUAACUGCAUUGUGGUGGUCAAGAAUGACAACGAUGACGAGAAAGACUCUAGCCACAAAGUCGUUACCACUCGCAAGCCCACUGUCAGCCCUCACCCAGGUCCCCCGGAUUACACUAACACCUAUCCGUUGGAGCUGUGGCAGUGGUAUCAACAGUUUGGCAAGUGGCUUAGCCAAUUACCUUGUGAUCCGAAGGUGCAAAGGUGCCCGUGA